AUGGACCUACCUAAGGUGUCCAAGGAGCAGACCUACAUCGGUCCAGUCCUGAUCUCAGUGAAUCCGUUUAAACAGCUUCCCUACUUCACAGACCGAGAGGUGGAGCUGUACCAGGGCGCGGCCCAGUAUGAGAACCCACCCCACAUCUACGCUCUGGCCGACAACGUGUACAGAAACAUGAUGAUAGACAACGAGAACCAGUGUGUCAUCAUCAGUGGAGAAAGUGGAGCUGGAAAAACUGUCGCAGCCAAAUUCAUAAUGAGCUACGUGUCCAAGGUGUCAGGAGGAGGAGACAAAGUACAGCAUGUGAAAGACAUCAUCCUUCAGUCCAACCCCCUGCUGGAGGCAUUUGGUAACGCCAAGACGGUCCGCAACAACAACUCCAGUCGUUUCGGCAAAUACUUUGAGAUCCAGUUCAGUCGUGGAGGGGCCCCUGAUGGAGGAAAGAUCUCCAACUUCCUCCUGGAGAAGAGUCGAGUUGUUUCCCAGAAUUCCCAAGAGAGGAACUUCCACAUCUACUACCAGCUUUUGGAAGGAGCCAGUGGGGAGCAGAGAGAGAACUUAGGGGUCACGACCCCUGAUUACUACUACUACCUCAACCAGUCAGGAACGUAUACUGUGGAUGACGUGAACGACAAGAAAGAGUUUCAAGACACCAUGGCAGCCAUGUCAGUGGUAGGUCUGUCCAUUGAGGACCAGGAUUCCGUUCUUCAGAUCAUCGCAGGAAUCCUUCACCUGGGAAACAUCAGCUUCAGAGAAGAAAAUAACUACGCUGUAGUCGAGAGCCAAGACUUCCUGGCGUUCCCAGCCUUCCUGCUGGGAAUCCCUCAGGAAGGUCUGUGCAGUAAACUGACCAGCAGAGUGAUGGACAGUAAGUGGGGCGGGAAGACGGAGUCCAUCUCUGUCACUCUGAACACAGAGCAGGCGUCCUUCUCCAGAGACGCCCUGUCCAAGGCCCUGUACAACCGGCUCUUUAACUACCUGGUCAACUGUAUUAAUAAAGCGAUGGAGAAGGACCAGGAGGUGCUCAACAUUGGAGUCCUGGACAUCUAUGGCUUUGAGAUCUUUCAGAAAAACGGCUUUGAACAGUUCUGCAUCAACUUUGUCAACGAGAAGCUGCAGCAGAUUUUUAUCGAGCUAACGUUGAAGGCGGAACAGGAAGAAUACGUCCAGGAGGGAAUCAAAUGGAAGCCCAUUGAGUAUUUCAACAACAAGGUGGUCUGUGACCUCAUCGAGUCUAAACUGAAUCCUGUUGGUAUAAUGAGUGUCCUGGAUGACGUCUGUGCCACCAUGCAUGCCAAAGGUGAGGGCGCGGACCAGACGCUGCUGCAGAAGCUGCAGGGACAGAUCGGUUCCCACGAACACUUCAGCAGCUGGAACAAAGGAUUCGUAGUUCACCACUACGCAGGCAAGGUGUCGUACGAUGUCAGCGGGUUCUGCGAGCGGAACAGAGACGUGCUGUUCAGCGACAUCAUCGAGCUGAUGCAGAGCAGUGAGUUUCAAUUCAUCCAAGGACUGUUCCCUGAGAACCUGGAGGCAGAGAAACGGGGGCGUCCGAGCACCGCUAGCAACAAGAUCAAGAAACAAGCCAACACCCUGGUCCAGACACUGAUGAAGUGCACCCCCCACUACAUCCGUUGUAUUAAACCCAAUGAGACCAAAAAGCCACGAGACUGGGAGGAAAACCGCGUCCGACAUCAGGUGGAGUACCUGGGCCUGCGAGAGAACAUCCGUGUGCGCCGAGCGGGAUACGCCUACAGACGUGUCUUUGUCAAGUUUCUACAGAGGUACGCAAUCCUGACCAGGGAGACUUGGCCUCACUGGAGGGGGGAGGAGCGUCAGGGGGUCCUUCAUCUGCUCAACUCUGUCAACAUGGAUCAGGACCAGUACCAGCUGGGGAAAAGCAAAGUUUUUAUCAAAGCUCCAGAGUCGCUCUUUUUAUUGGAGGAGAUGAGGGAGAGGAAGUACAACGGCUAUGCUCGAGUCAUCCAGAAGGCGUGGAGGAAACACAUCGCUGUCCGCAAGUAUGUGAAGAUGAGGGAGGAAGCAUCAGACAUCCUGCUCAACAAGAAGGAACGUCGCAGAAACAGCUUGAACCGUAACUUUGUCGGGGACUACAUCGGGACAGAAAACCAUCCAGAGAUCAGACAGUUCGUCGGCCGCAGGGAGAGGAUUGACUUUGCCGACGUGGUGGUGAAAUAUGACCGAAGAUUCAGGACCGUGAAACGAGAUCUCAUCCUGACCCCUAAGUUCCUGUACCUGAUUGGCCGAGAGAAGGUAAAACAGGGUCCAGAUAAAGGCCAGAUUCGAGAAGUUCUAAAGAGAAAGAUCGAGGUCCACAAGAUACAGUCUGUUUCCCUGAGCACUCUGCAGGACGACUUCUUCAUCGUCCAUGAGGAGGAGUACGACAGCGUUCUCCAGAGCAUCUUUAAAACCGAGUUCCUCAGUCUGCUAGACAAACGUUAUCACGAGAAAACUGAGAAGAAGCUGCCGCUCAAGUUCAACAACCUCCUGGAAUUUAAGGUGAAAAAAGGUGGCUGGGGUCCGUUCACCUCAGGAGGAUCCAGACAGAUCCAGUUCCAGAUAGGUCAAGGGGACGAAGCGAUCCUGAAACCCAGUGGGAAGGUGCUACAAGUCUCCAUCGGACAGGGUCUACCCAGGAACUCACGGCCAACGCGGAAGGACAAACGGAAGAGCCGCUACAUGAGCAACCAGGCUCCGCCCAGCAGCCACUACAGCUCAGGUCUUCGCUCCAGAGGAGGACCUCCCCGAGGCGGCCCCCCCUCCUCCAGGGUGUCUUUGCUGAGACAGCAGUCCAGCAUGGAGCAGCCCACUCUGCCUCGCCACCAGAGCCAGAGGCGUCAGGAAAACCAGGCUCCAAGCAACUUUGACAUGGGAUUCAUGGGAGUCCCUGAACAAGGCGCUGCAGGGCUGCAGCGGCGACGGUCGAAGGAAGUGACGCCCCUCCCAGGAGCAGGUCGACCCAAACCGGCGCCAAAGCCGAAGCCACGGUCUCCACAGUGCAGAGCGCUCUACGCUUACGAUGCCCAGGACACUGACGAGCUCAGCUUCAACGCCGAUGAUGUCAUUGAGAUCAUUUCUGAGGAUGUCUCAGGUUGGUGGUUCGGUCGCCUUCGUGGCAGAGAAGGAAUGUUUCCUGGAAACUACGUGGAGAAGAUAUGAACCAGUGUUUCUACAGAGGUCGGCUCCUCCUGGUAACAACCCCCCCACCCCCCACCCACAGCUUCUACCUUUUUUUGAAUGUUCCCAUGUGGCUUUAAUUAACACCAGUGUUAUAAUGGGAACAGCUGACAGAUGAAUCCAGAACAAAGUCCAGUUUUAAGGCGUUCCAGAUUGGUGACAUGAUCGGUACUGUGCUUCUGCAAGCGAUCAUCUCUAACCAGCAAAACAAUGUUCUGUUAAAAUACCAGUGAUUGACCACAUUUUUGACCACAAUUUUACCACACCAAUAGAGCUGCUGGAGCUUAAACCAGAAGGCGUCUUAUCCGUGUUACAGUCUGAAAGAUUACACCAACAAAACCCAAAAAGCUUUAAAAUACGACUGAACGUCAUCGCGGAACAAAAUAUAUUUUUAACUGUUAUAAAUCAUUAUAUAAAUAAACUGUCUUUACAUCAA